AUGGGUGCCAUCCGCUGCGACGCAAGGAGCCAAUGGGAGCAGGCUGUGAUGCACCCAAUGAGCGCAAGGCGGCGCUGUCCUUUCCCGGGAGCAGAACCAAUAGUGACCGGGCGUGGCGCAGCCAAUGGGGGCCAUCCGGUUCGGCGCGCGUGCCCAAUAGCCUCGGGGCGCUCCGCAGCCAAUCGGCGCUUUCCGCCCCGCGGGGCACGGAGCCAAUCGGCGUUGCCCCGGGGCGCGCCGCAGCCAAUGGGCGGAGCCGUGGCGGCGAUGGAGGCGCGGGGCGCGGGGCGGGCGGCGCUGGGCGCGCUGGGCCGGCGGCUGCUGUGGGCGCUGCCCGCGUACGCGGCGGGGCUGCUGGGGCUGGGCGCGGCCGCGCUGCUGCUCGCGCUCGCGCUCUACGCGGGCUGGCGGCGGCGGCGGCGCGCCCGGGAGCGCGGGAUGCGCGCGGCCGCGCGCCUGCAGCGGGACGAGGAGGCCGCGGUGCGCGCCGCCGCCAAGCGGCUCGGGCUCAGCAAUGGGGAGCUCCCGGCCUGGAUCAGCUUCCCGGACGUGGAGAGAGCAGAAUGGCUCAACAAGGUGCUGGCCCAGGCCUGGCCGUUCUUCGGGCAGUUCAUGGAGAAGCUGCUGCUGGCGCAGGUGGCUCCGGCCAUCAGGGCCUCCAGCCCCCACCUGCAGAGCUUCACCUUCACCAGGGUGGACAUGGGCGAGAAGCCCCUCCGUGUCCUGGGGAUCCGCGCUCAUCCCGGUGCCCAUAGGAAGCAAAUCCUCUUGGAUCUCAACAUCAGCUACGUGGGGGACGUCUGCAUUGACGUGGAGGUGAAGAAGUUCUUCUGCAAGGCGGGGGUCAAGGGGAUGCAGCUCCAUGGGACGCUGCGGAUCAUCCUGGAGCCGCUCCUUGGGGAUGCGCCCAUUGUGGGGGCUCUUUCCAUGUUCUUCAUCCGGCGCCCGACCUUGGACAUCAACUGGACGGGGAUGACGAACCUGCUCGACAUCCCUGGUCUCAGCUCGGUGUCGGACUCGAUGCUCAUGGACGCCAUCGCCUCCUACCUGGUGCUGCCCAACCGGCUCCUGGUGCCGCUGGUGCCCGACCUGCCCGAGGCGGCCGAGCUGCGGAACCCGGUGCCGAGGGGGGCGCUGCGCGUUCACCUCCGCUGCGCGCGGGGGCUGCGCUCCAAGGACCGGUUCCUGGGGGGGCUCCUGGAGGCGCGCUCGGACCCGUACGCGGAGCUGCGCGUGGGGACGCAGGGGGCGCGGAGCCGCGUGGUGCGGAGCGACCUGGACCCGACCUGGGACGAGCUCCACGAGUUUGUGGUGCACGAGGUGCCGGGGCAGGAGCUGGAGGUGGAGCUCUUUGACAAGGACCCGGACCAGGACGACCUCUUGGGCAGGUACCAAUGGGGCAGG